AUGGCUUCCACCAAGAUUGCCAUACUCCUCAUCCGAACCAUAGCGAAACCCAUCAGCAACCAGAUCAAGACACAAGCCAAACAGCAUGAGAAGUUCCGCGAAUUCUGCGUGAACCUCGCACAGGGAAUGUACAGGACGGAACUUAAUAUGCGGACGAACCUACUAGGAGAACCGACGAAGCACAUCCGUCCGCUGUCGGAGACGAGAGCAAUAGAGAAUGGCGCGAACGCCCUUGCAGAAGGAUUCUUGUUCAGCGUAGCCGCGAUACUCAUACUAGGUGAAACAUGGCGGUCAUCACGAAAUCAAUCGAAACGGAGGGACAGUGUGGAUGAUGCACUGGAGGAGCUCCAGACUAAGGUCGCGCAAUUGACGGACAAGACACAGACUCUCCAACAGGCACUGGAUGAGCGAUGGGAGGAGGAGAAACAGCGCAACGACGAAUUAGCUCGCAUAUUGGAACGCGUUGUCGAGAUUGGCCUCCGUGGCGGUUGGGCUGAGUUCGAGGGUACACCGCUAUCAUUACCCCGUAUUCAGCUCACGCCGUUUCGCACGUCGCGGCUUUCGUCCUCUGAUUCUGAAAGCGACGCUUCCGCGUCGCAAACGUCGAAACCAGGGAACGCUUCUCCAUUCGACUCUUCUGACAGCAGACCGUCACCGUCAUGA